GAUCGCGAAAUUCCGAUUCUCCUCCUCCGCCCUUCAAUGGCUUCUCGAAUCGCGUAAUGGUCCGCCAUUGACGUCGACCUUCGCUGCUCCAAUCCAUCCCGAAAGAAGGCAACUCCCCGUCUCCGCCGGAACGAUGGCUCGGACUUCAUUCGCGUCGUCCCUCAGGCGCCUCCUCUCCAGAUCCAGCCCGCCCCCGCGGGUCGUCCCCUCCCGAUCCGUCACCUACAUGCCCCGACCCGGAGACGGGGCGCCGCGCGGCGUCACCCUCAUCCCCGGCGAUGGGAUCGGCCCUCUCGUCACCGCCUCCGUCGAGGAGGUCAUGGCCGCGAUGCACGCCCCGGUCUACUUCGAGAAGUACGACGUCCACGGCGACAUGAAGAGGGUGCCCGAGGAGGUGAUCGAGUCGAUCAGGAAGAACAAGGUGUGCCUGAAGGGCGGGCUCAAGACGCCCGUCGGCGGCGGGGUGAGCUCGCUGAACGUCCAGCUGAGGAAGGAGCUCGAUCUGUACGCCUCGCUCGUCAACUGCGUCAACCUGCCGGGGCUCCCAACGAGGCACGAGAACGUGGAUAUCGUGGUGGUUCGGGAGAACACGGAGGGGGAGUACUCGGGUCUCGAGCACGAGGUGGUUCCGGGGGUUGUCGAGAGUCUUAAGGUGAUGACAAAGUUCUGCUCAGAGCGUAUCGCACAAUAUGCUUUUGAGUAUGCUUACUUGAACAAUAGAAAGAAAGUGAGUGCCGUCCACAAAGCAAACAUUAUGAAGCUAGCAGAUGGUCUAUUCCUGGAAUCAUGCCGAGAAGUUGCCAAAAAGUACCCUGGGAUUAAGUAUAGUGAGAUCAUUGUGGACAAUUGUUGCAUGCAACUCGUUUCCAAGCCUGAACAAUUCGAUGUCAUGGUGACCCCCAAUCUUUAUGGGAAUCUGGUUGCAAAUACAGCAGCUGGCAUAGCUGGUGGAACUGGAGUCAUGCCAGGAGGUAAUGUGGGGGCUGAUCAUGCCAUUUUUGAGCAAGGCGCUUCAGCAGGCAAUGUGGGUCAUGAAAAGCUAGUCGGACAAAAGAGGGCGAAUCCUGUAGCCCUGCUUCUAUCAUCGGCGAUGAUGCUGAGGCAUCUCCAAUUUCCAUCAUUUGCUGAUCGGCUAGAAACUGCGGUGAAGCGAGUAAUAUCAGAGGGAAAGUACCGGACGAAGGAUAUAGGCGGAGACAGCACUACACAAGAGAUCACUAAUGCAGUCAUACAAGCUUUGGACUAAUCCACAAGAUAUCUUCAUCCUUUACACUUCUGGAGAAAUUUGUAGACCCGGCAUGGAAAUCUAUAUUGCCCACAUUCUUGAUAAAAUCUUCUUUUCAAGUUAUUGUUUGGGACUUCACGGUCCUAAAUCCUAUUUGUUUUAUGAAUAAUCUCGGUUAAACAUGAAAACUACAGCAGGUCUUGGUUAGA